AUGCGGGGGCAGGAAGAAGCUUUCAUCCCUUGGAUUGACAAGUAUGGGGAACUUCUGCGCGUCUGUGGCAUUCAUGAGAAUGUAGGCACAUCAGAAUACGCAAGGCCAUUCUCCACAGUCACGCCACCUUUUAUCUCAAGCCUAUCGACUGAUCUCAUGUCUCCUCACGCACAUCGAAUGAGAAAAGAAGUCUACGCGCAUGCGAAGAUUGCAAGCGCCGAAAGAACACUUGAAGACUUAUCCAAAAGUCUCGAGGAACGCGAUUCCAUUUUAGCUCGCCUUUUUCCAAACCGAGAUAUAUCAGAUCUUGUUUCAUUAUCGGACCAGGAACUUCGUGAUAUUGUCUUGAACGCUGGUCCUAGUCCUAAUGGCACGACCUUGACCUUUCGGUCGGAUCAUACACCAAACGAAUCGAUUACUCAAGACUCGCAAUGGGAUGAAGAUCGACGCGAACGUGAUCCUUUACCCGCCGAAGCUGAUGAUGUCAACGCUUUAUCCCUUCCGUUAGACCGUCAGGCUUCUUACCUCGGUAUAUCAUCCAUCAGGGCGGCUCUUGGAGCAAUACUUCAGAUGCGACCUCAGCUACGUGCUUCACUCGCAUCUCGGCAGGAGUCCUACAAUGAAACUUCUUCUUUACGCGAUAACGGUAUGCAGUGUACUCAGAUGGUUCAGUCUCCAACAGAGAAUCCUUGCGUUAAGUGGAGUAGAAAGGGACAGGCACUUGUCGAUGUAUACUUCAAGCGAAUACACAUAAUGACUCCAUUGCUUGAUGAAACAUCCUUUCGGACAACCUACCUCAGUAGUAAUCGGCAUGACUCGCCUUGGCUUGCACUGCUGAACAUGGUACUUGCCAUGGGCAGUAUUGCAGCUAGCAAGUCAAGUGAUCGGGAACACUACAAAUACUAUACAAAUGCUAUGCGGCAUCUAGAUAUUAGUGCCUUUGGCAGCAGUCAGAUCGAAACGUUACAAGCACUUGCUAUCGUCGGAGGUCACUAUCUUCACUACAUCAAUCGACCCAACAGAGGCAAUGCUAUCUUAGGUGCGGCUUUCCGUAUGGCUAGUGCUCUUGGUUUUCAUCGCGAGCCAUCAGACCAAGACAAAGAAGGUGAUCAGCUCCAGGUCGUGGAAUUGAGACGCCGUAUCUGGUGGUGUUUAGUCUGCUUAGAUACGUUAGCCUCCAUGACCUUGGGUCGACCAUCUUUUGGCCGCUUUUGUCCUUCCAUUGAUAUCCAACCACCAAAGUUCAGCACCGGCGGGCAUGGACAGCUGGACUCGGAGCCUGACAUGGAUAUAAUGCUACUCGCCGAGAAUAUUCGCUUUUGCAGGAUCGCCACUGAGAUUCAGGACAAGCUCACCGUCACUCCUUUUCUCAAACCCUCUGACCGGGAUCGAUUCGAUGAUAUGUUGAUCAGUUGGUUUGACAGUCUUCCAUCACUUCUUGGUGACGAUCAAGAGUGCGAUGAGCUGGUUCACCUUGGUCGAUCAUUACUGGACGCUGCAUCAAAACCUGGCGUGUACUCUCAGCCAGCCGACCAAGAUGCCAUCGAAAAAUGUCAACUGCUUUCCAAGACAGCUAUCGAGGAUAUAGCUCAGAGUUGGAAGAACGAUCAGAUGUCAGGGUGGAAUGCAGUAUGGCAUCUUUACCAAGCAGUCAUGAUUCCACUACUGAGUAUGGUAUGGCAGCCUCAGAACCCUGCAGUUUCGGAAUGGAAAAGCCAGAUCGAAAUGGUGCUUGGGCUAUUUGAAAGCAUGCGUGAUUGGUCUUUGACGGCACGUUGUAGUAAGAGGGUUGUCAGUCAGAUCUACGAAACAAUCCCAAUCUGCUGCAACGCUGAACGUCUUCAACUCGGAAGCUUCGACAUGGAGAGGAGCAGCCACAUGAUUAGGCUGUCCCACUCCUCGCAGUACCGUGACUCGAGUUUUAUGGAAAGGGUCAAGGUCCUUCUCAUUAACCUCAAAACCGCCGAAGCCCUUAAAAUUGGGUCAAGUUAG